AUGGCGCGGCCGGCCGAGGAAGACGACGACUAUGCCGCCGAGGAAGACGACGACUAUGCCGCCGAGGAAGACGACGACUAUCCCCCCGAUUGGGUCAAAGAGGAGCCCGGCAGUCGAUGGUAUCGCGACAUCAAGAAGCUGUGGAACGAGCUCGGGCCACGGUUGACCGAGGAUGACCGCAAGCACUGGAUCAAGCUUGUCCGAAAGAUGCAAAAGUCGAGAAAGACGACGCCAUCUCACCACCCCAUCACCGUCUACGCGCGCAACACGGGAAGCUGGCUCCCCUGGCUCUUCUUGCGCACCAUGUUCGGCUACGAUCGAGUUUGCUCGCUCAAGGCGGCCAAUGUGACGAGGGCGGCGUACCCGGGCGUGGAUUUGCACAGUGACUGGCUGCCGGAAGGAUACCCGAACCACGAGUGGCUCGGACCGACUCCGACGGAUCCCCCUAACUGGAAAGCUUCGUCGGUCGACUCCGAGGCAGGGUCGGCGGCCGAGGCGGAACGAGGCUCGGCACGGGCGCCGACGCGAAAGGGGCGGAAGAGACGUGCCGACCCAGAGGCCGUCGAGAUGGAGACGGGACCGAGGAAGCGGACGCGGCAGGCGACGACGGAUGCGUGCUCGGCAUGCGGCGGCGGCCUCGGGGCGCUGAUGCAGGAGUGCCUCGAGAUCAAGAAGUCGGUCUUGAGGAUGGAGGCCUUUCGGUGGAACAUCGAGAAGCAGAUGGAGGAGAUGAUGGGCCAGCAGCGGCAGCUGUACAAUCUGAUGCGGAGCCAGUUUGAGGUGUACCUCGAUGCGAUGACGGAAUGA